AAAUAAACAAACAUGGCUGGAAAGUCUAAGGAAAUUCAAGCCCAAAAGGCCGCAGCCAGAGAAAGCGGCUCAAAGGGAAAGAAGAAGAAGUGGUCUAAAUCAAGAGUUAAGGAGAAGUUGAACAACAAGGUUCUCUUCGACACCAAGUCAUUCAACCAAUUGGUCAAGGAAGUCCCAAAGAUGAAGUUGAUCACCAUUGCUAGAGUUUCUGAAGCUCUCGGUGUUACUGGUAGCGUUGCCAAGAAGGGUUUGAGAUACCUCGAAGAAAAGGAUUUGAUCAAGCCAGUCAUCAAGCACUCUAACAUGAUGAUUUACGUUGUCAAGAAGGAAGAUGCUCCAGUUGAAGCUGCUGUUGAAACCACCAAAUCAAAGAAGAAGUAAAUUUCCGACUUAUAAUAAAAAACAUAAAUUUCAAAA